AUGACUAAGAAUAAAGAAGACUUGUCGGCUACUAAUGCUACUGUUGACGACUUGGUAAUAGUAAAGAUUAAUGCACGAUGGAUUUCAUAUAGCCACACUAUUCUGGGAUAUGUUGCCUUUAUUUCUGCGUUAAUUGUUGCCUGUCUAACGCAUUAUCGUCAAGUUGUAAAGAAUGAACAUUGGGGAUAUCCAGAGGAAUGGUUCCCGAGUGUCAGUGCAACUACUGGUGACUGGUAUCCUGCUCGUUCAAUAUUUCAAAUCACGAUUGCUGUGAUGUCUGGUCCUCGAUUUGCACUAGUAUUUUUAUUCUAUAUGAUUUCCAAUAAACCCAAUCACUUAUACCCUAAAAUACACGCCAUUGUUGGUAUAAUUCGUACAUUUUCAUGUGGUGGCUGGACAUAUAUUACUUCGACUGAGGACCACCUCAUUCAUGACAUUGCCAUGAUUACAUAUGUGGUAUUGACCUUACCUUGGAUGUUGGGUUGUCUUGCUAUUGCGCCACCACAUAACAAACAAGCACAGUCCUAUAGACGUUGGCUGGUUUUUCUGUUUUUUGGAACAUUGGUGCCGAUGAUUUAUUUUUAUAUCAGGCAUAAGUCGUACGCCAUCCCUGGUGCAUACACAAUUUACGCGUUUCAUGAAUGGUCAUUAAUUUUCUAUGAUCUCGCUUUUGAUGCGAUUAGCCUAUACGAUUUCAACUCUUUUGAAAUACGUAUUGUUGAUGUUACGCGUCAGCAAUCUGGUUUUUCCAAUGGUACUACUACCACUGUUAGUAAUGCUACUACAAUUGCUGAAAAGACGAAGACCAACACGAACACAACGACCAGCGAUUCUAACAAUAUCGAGAAAAUUAUGAAUUUUGGAUUUUGGUACAAUCUCCAGGGGUUUAUCGCAGAUACUUACCUCGCAUUUGUUUAUUGGUCCAUGCUCACGUCACUAGGCUUGACAAUUUGGUAUUUUCCGCUAUGGCACAUGGGAAUAUCAGGAUAUGAAGUAUGCCUACUCGUGACUACUUCUCCAGUACUUCUCGGAAUUUCGUCAAUUAGAAAUCUAGUUACUACCAAUCGCACUAUAAUUUAUCUUGUUUCUCUAUCUGGCCUUACGGCAUACUUGUUCACUGAUCCCACUACCCGAUUAUUUGUCGUGUCUUUUGGUGUUGCUAUGGCAAAUCUUAUGUGGAUAUCCAGAUGGGUGGAGAAUCGUAACAAAACUGGAAAAUUGGAACAUGACGCGCUUGUUUGGACAUUGGGAUUGAUUUUGAGCAGUGUGAUCAAGAUGGCAUGGCAGACUAACAAUCCUAUAUGGCCUAUAAUGCACAAAGAGAAUGGUGGAUGGAAUCUUGUGGGACUUUUAUUCGGAGUUGUUGCUACUUUUGAGAAGAUUAUCUCUCAAAAUAAAAGCGCUAAUAAUGGAAGAUUUUCUAACGGUGACAAUAAUAUUAGUAAUACAGAAGAGAAGCCACAGCAACAGCAAUAUAAAUUAGAAUCCUGGUUUUUUGCCGCUGCUGGAUUUGGCUCACUUUUAUUCGCAUUGCAUUCAUUAUUUUCUGAUUCCGCUACAAUUACGCGUUGGGUAUACCAAGGAUAUCCGAAUACGGGCCCACUUCCUAUACCUUGGGGAGCAGUCACAAUCAUGGCAAUGUCCCUCGGUUUACUAUUAUCCAUGAAUCGUAAAAUAGUCACCAGUUUUCCCUGGUAUGUGAUUGGUUGUGUAUCUUGCUCGUGUAUGUACUAUUAUCCUGCGUGGAAUGGAUAUUACGGAGGCCUCCUAUUGGCGGUUUACUUGGUAUCCCUCGUGCCGAUAUUUAUUCGUUCGGUUACUCGUUACCCGCCUGGAAGAACAUUUUUCACUGCGAUGAUGAUUUACAACCUUUUGUGUUUGGCUCAUGUAUGGGUCGUCGCCUAUGCAUUUGUACCAGCUGGUGAAUAUUUACGUGAACAUACCGAUUACGUCUUAUUUUCAAUGAUGCUUUUAAUUGGUGUUGGUGUUCUUGAUGCAUCUUCUGCUGAUUUCACCUAUAAGCAACUACAAAUUAAUCAAAUUCGUUCAGUGAGAUUUCUGACAAAAAUCGGAUUAGCUGCGUUGAUUGUUAUUUCAUGGGUUAUCGUUUUCAUUAGACUUCCGUCGCAACCGCCACAACCUUAUCAUGCGGAUCAAAAGCUAUUGACCACGGGAAUAUGGACAAUUCAUUUUGGUCUUGACAAUGACAUGUGGGCUAGUGAAUAUCGAAUGCGAGAUGUAAUCAAAGAACUGGAACUUGAUGUUGUUGGUCUAUUGGAAUCGGAUCUCGAAAGAAUAAUUAUGGGCAACCGUGAUUUGACACAAUUUCUUGCCGAAGAUCUCAACAUGUAUGCAGAUUAUGGCCCAGGUCCAUCUAAACAUACAUGGGGAUGUGCUAUGUUAUCCAAAUUCCCGAUUAUAAAUUCAACACACCAUCUUCUUCCUUCACCCGUGGGAGAACUGGCCUGCGCUAUUCACGCUACUCUUGAUGUGUAUGGUCAACAGGUUGAUGUUAUAGUAAGUCAUAAUGGACAAGAGGAAGAUCCUGAGGACCGAAGAUUACAAACUACCGAAUUAGCGCGAAUCAUGCGUGAAAGCAGGAAUCCGUUCAUCUUCCUUGGUUAUGUAGUUACGAAACCGCUGAAUGGUAAUUACUUCAUUCUGACUAUAGAUGGUCGAAUGAACGAUAUAGAUCCAUUAGAUGAUGAUCGGUGGUGUGAAUAUAUUGCUUAUCGUGGAGUAAAGCGUACGGGAUAUGCACGUGUUAGUCAUGGUGCUAUAAGUGAUACAGAGAUACAAGUUGGCAAGUUUCAGGUUCUUACAGACGAAAAAUAUAAUCCAGAGACUUGGAAAGCUAGUUAUCGACGUAUAGAAGAGGAAGAAAUCGCACCGGGUUUACGGUUUCCAGAAAAGUUUAAGGGAGAUGGAAUUCGUGGGCAUCGUUAUCAUGUUUUCAAUGAACCACGAUAUUAUGAUUAA